GUGAAGAAAUGGUAUAAGAAGGUGAGCUGGUCGCGACCUUUGCUUAAGCUUUGCGAUGUAUCUCAGCUUUGCUUUUGUAGCUGCCCUCCUCUCUAGUGCACAUGCCAGUACUGACUGGCAACUGCACGGAUGGCAAGCACCUGGAGCCUCUGAUUUGCGUGGCCCGUGUCCUGGCCUGAAUACCCUUGCGAAUCACGGUUUCCUACCUCGAGAUGGCAAGAAUAUCACCAUCAACAUGGUGCUCAAUGCUGGGCUAGGUGAGGAUGCGCUAUUCACUUGGCAUAGUUUUCUUACGCCCACAGCAGAAGGGUUCAAUAUCGACCCAUCUAUUCUCAUCCUUGCCGCCAAGGUCGGCCUUCUCACUACGGACGCGCCCGAUAGUUUCACCCUUGAUGAUCUCAAACUACACGGGACCAUCGAACACGACGCCUCGCUCUCCCGCUCGGACUUCCUCCUCGGCGACAACGUCCAUUUUAACGAGACGAUCUAUACCACGCUCACUCAAUCCAAUCCCGGCGUCGACUACUUUAACGCGACCUCUGCGGGGCAAGUGCAGAAGAAGCGGCUCGCUGAUGAUACCCUCGCCAACCCUGGUAUCGUCAACACUGCGAAGGAGUUCGCUGUACGCACUCGGGAGUCUGCUCUUUACCUGAGCCUCAUGGGUGAUCCGGUGACGGGUGUUGCGCCCAAGAAGUUUGUGGAUAUAUUUUUCCGCGAGGAGCGUAUGCCCAUUGAGGAAGGGUGGACCAAGCCAACGACGUUGAUCACGGGCCAGACGAUCUCUCCGAUUGCGGAUAUCAUCGAAGAGGCUUCGGAGUGGGUUGGAAGUGGCAAAUGUCCUUUCAUUCGCGCCAGUCCUGACAGUAAUGUUACUGCUUGCCCGUAAGCAUACUGGUUGAGUCAUUGAUACCUAUAUGAAUUGAUAGCUUUUCGUGUUAAUUCUGAGAACCGGUUUUGGUGAACUGGGAGGUUUCCUGAUCAACGAAAAUUGUUCGUAUUGACGCACAGAAACGCGUGUCGAGGCUAGGCGACGAGCCUUGGCUCACGGAACGGAGUCGUGCAGCCAUUAAACACAAUACGCCGCGUCACGACAAUAAACUCCUCGUCAAGGACGUCUUAUAUCGUCCUUAAUCCAGAGCACCACUCGCCACCAACUUUGUGGUCGGUCCAUUUCUGAACACCGGGCAGUUUCCAAUUGUUUUUGUUUUUGUUUGUGCAAAGUUGGGAUCCAUUUGAUUUACAGUCCAAC